GGCUAGUUUUUCUCGGGCACUUAGCGCGGAAUGACCUAUGGCAUGGCAUCCUACAUCAAUUUCGAGUGUUGUUGUUCCUGUACAUCGUAGAACAAUUUACCAUUUUUAGACGCAAAUCCAAAAUCAGACGCCCAAACGUUACGUAUUUUCAGUUGUAAUAUUGAUAGUUAGCUGAGUGUGUUCCCGAAGAAAAAAUGCGCAGAGCAAUUCCAAAUCAAUUGUGAAUGGUUGAGUAAUUAAGUUAACAAGUUUAGUGAUUUGAUUUGCGGUCAUGUACUUUAUCAAGCUCUCCAUAUGGAAUUCCAUAUGGAACUGGACAGCGUGUGGAAGAAAAAAUAAAUGUAACUUCAUUCCCCGUGAAACGUGCGAGUAAUGGAAAUCCACAAGUAAUAUUUGCGGUUCAAAAUUUUCGCGUGUCGAGUUGAGCGGUUACAUACAUCAACAUUUAAACUCGGAGCGGUAAAAAGAUCUCACGAGAAAUAAAAGCCAAUUUCUAUAAUACGGACAAGUGUUUGAUUUGCUCUCGUUGUGUUCCUCUAUAUUGGUCCAAUAUUGAUGUGGUGGUCGCUGUUCCAAAAAUAAAACAUCGAAUAUGCAUGCCGUUCAGUUUUGUGAAAUCACAGGGGAGCUUUUCCUUUGAUGAGCGGUGAUGAACAACAUCAUUUUUCUUGUGAGCGAGUUUGUGUGGAAAAUGUGGAAAAGUUAAACGAAAGAGAGGAAGAAAAACGCGAGGUCUUGUUUGUUUUCACGUAAUGUUUGGAUUCCAAAUAAACGAGUUAAUUAGACGCAGAUUAACAGCCAGUAAUCACCUGUAGGUGGUUUUCCUGCACACCCACCCACGGGUCAGGACGGAUUGUGAAAUUGUUUUAGCACUAGCAAUACUUGUUCGGUAAUGUCAACUCGUCGUGCAGGACCACCCCAAGGCCAACCGAUGGCUGCCCAGCUUCCGAUUCCGUACGAAAGUGAGAAGAAGCAGCGGAGCAAAUGUAUGUCCUUUGUAUGUUGCAUGUGGAAAGUGUUCACGUGCAUUUUCUCGCACGUCACUCUGGUGGCGAUGGUUGUUGCCUAUUGCUUCUUGGGUGCGUUCACCUUCGAACAUCUGGAGGCGGAAAACGAGCGGAAUGUAAAGAAGGGCAUCAGUUCCAUUCGUGUUAAUCUAACGGACGCAAUUUGGAAGAUGACUAAUGAUAAACCAGUGUUACAUCAGCACAAUUGGACCGAAGCAGCAGUCCUCCAUCUUCAGUCAUUCGAGAAAGAAAUUCUCACCGCAAUGAAAAAGGAUGGCUGGGAUGGCAUCGAGGAUGUGGAUCAGAUUCAGUGGACGUUUUUUGGAGCACUAUUCUACUCUAUAAUUAUAAUAACUACCAUCGGCUACGGACAUAUUGCACCAAAGACGCACAUGGGUAAGAUAUCAACAAUCUUUUACGCUAUCUUGGGAAUUCCGUUGAUGCUGCUGUGUCUAUCCAACAUCGGCGACAUAAUGGCUAGCUCAUUUAGGUUCCUCUACUGGCGGGUUUGCUGCUACGUGUGUACUCGAGAGCCCAAGCGAACCAACUCAAAGCGAAGCCGCACUGGACGGGGUACAAUCCGACAAGGGCGGAGCUCGAUGCGGUCGCAACCGGCAGGAACCAGUAUCCGACGUUCUGUGCGGAAUUCACAACGCUCGGCUGAUUCCGGAUUCGAUCCCUACUAUGAUCCAGGCAUAGCCCACGCCUAUUCAGAAGCAGAUUGCAGAUAUAACGACGGCGACUACUACAGAGAUGGAGACCGAUCCAUACAGCGUAAUAUGAAUGGGCCUCCCCCUCCACGUUAUAGUAGCCACAGUGGAACUGGAAGGGACCGUUUCCGUGACAGAGCUACUAUGGAACAUGAACGAGGCUACCAAGAACAAAACAAUUAUGGUGACGAGGAUUAUAUCAACACUCCUCAGCAAAUGAAACGUCAGAUGCGAGCGGAAUCAAUGGGAAGAGAAAUGCCAAGAAGCUCCCAAAAUUUGAGGAACUCCGAUGGAAGCUAUCCGGGUGGUAGAAAUAAUAUUCAAAAGUCUCCAGCUUCAAGAGCACAGUCGCUUGAUCGUAGAAUGUACCGCCGGGAUCCCCAGGUCAUGGAACUCGAUGAAGACAGUGGACCAGGGAAAACUCCAAUCCUUUGUAAUAAAUAUGCUUUGGACGAUGUUCAGGAACGUAACAGUCCCAUACGAAUUACCGGAGGAACAAGAGGGAAAGCUAGUGACGGUAGAGUUCCUGCUAAUCCCCGCAGUCAAUCUAUGCCACGACAUUCACGCUAUGGGGACCGUUUGAUGCCGGAUCGGCUACCCUACUAUAAUGACGAAAAUGAAAUGGAGAUGCAAUCGACUCGGAAACCGAACCCACCGCCAACGGGACGACGCCGAGAGCGUCCUGUGCCAUCACCGUCGCCACGCAUAAUGUCGCCGAUGGGAUUUGCAAUCCACCGACAGGCGCGUCAUCUCCAGACUGUCAUCGACGACAGCUCACUGUAUGACGACGAUUGGGACAUCCGGAGUGGAGAGCUGCCACCAUCAUCCGUCGUUCGCCCGGUGCCAAUUUGGCUAUGCGUCUUUCUAGUUGUUAGCUACAUAAUUGCGGGUGCCUUCAUGUUUUCCAAGUGGGAGGAGUGGUCCUUCCUAGACUCGGCCUAUUUCUGUUUCAUCACCCUAACCACCAUCGGAUUCGGCGAUUUUGUCCCAGCACAGGGAGUGAAAAACGACUCGGAAAUUUCUAUCGCAUUGUGUUCACUGUAUUUGCUUUUCGGAAUUGCGCUGCUAGCGAUGAGCUUCAAUCUGGUACAGGAGGAAGUUAUCUCCAACGUGAAAAGCGUCGCCCGGAGGCUUGGCAUACUGAAGGAGGAGGAGAUGGACGAUUGAGAAAGUUUGUUUUUUUUUCUAACAGAUCAGUGUGACCUACAAAAGUGGUGGCGCACAAAAAAAUGUAGGGUAAGUGAGUUUUUUUUUUGAUGCAGCAGCGAAGCACAACUUGAACGAUACACAGUAGUAAACUUUUCGUUCGGAAGCGAUUGUCUGUUUGAUUUUCCUUUCGCUCUCGUUACUUUUCCGGUUAUGAAUAUCUGUGAGUAUGGAUUUGUGGACGCAAUAGCUUGGAAUGUAAAUUGGAAAAUCGAUUUAGAAAUACAAUGAAAAGUUAAUUCUGUAAA